AUGCGUCGCAUAAUCUACGGCAUCUCUCUUUGGGUCUUCGUGGCCGCCGCCGCCUGCACCAUAGCCGCGAUAGCUCUCCCAGAAUGGAUCACCUACACCGCGCCAACGUCCUCCCCAAGCUCUACUCCCAUCAAGAUCGCGUAUGGCCUCCAUAAGCGCUGCUCGAGCUUGACCGGGCAAUGUACCAAGUUCCCACAGUACGAAGACUGCCAGGAUGGUGACCGUUACUUCUGCAGCAUGUGGAGGAGUACGGGCUUCUUCAUGAACCUGAGCGUGGUGAUGGAGUUGGCAUGUGUAAUCGCCUACAUUACCAUCUUGGUAGGCGGACGAGCGAGCAGGGAGGCAGGAUGGAAGAUCCUGGCGGUAUUGUUGGGGUUGGUGGCUGCGGGCCAAUUGAUCGCUAUGGCGCUUGUGGCAUAUUUGUAUGAUCACGACAAGCGCUUCUUCCCAGGCUGGGUUCUGGACAAAGCCUGGAUUCUCUGCACAGUCUCUUGGAGUGUUCUGGUUGUGGAUAUGUUUGGCAUCUUACUGGCUAAGCUGUUGAUGCCACGAGAAGACGACUAUGAGCCCAUACCUGAGCCGAGAUUAUGA